AUUUCAGUCAUCCGGCAAUCUGUAAGUAUACCUUCUGAGUCACAAGCUGAGGUGAUGUGCCAGUCAUUGCGGUCCGCUUGCCCUGAAGAAUUGCUCCACGUUUAUGUGCAGUGAGUUGGCUUCGACUAACUGCCGCGCUGCCUCACUUUAAUUAUCGCCGUCAUCUUUCGCAACCUCGGAGGCACCCUGACCGUUUGUCGCGCCGUAAACAUCUUGCGGCCAUUAUUCAGCUUCGUUAACUAGCCAUUCCCUCGGAUGGGCUAGGUCUAGAGCUUCCUUUCUUUCUAUUUUUCGUCUGUUGGAAUCCAUUCGGUGUCCAUGACAUCGCCCGGAGAUGCUGCUCCGGUCAAACCUCCGCCGUCCUUCUCGCCCGGCGUACCCCGAGUCCCAUCCAAGACGAGAUACCCUCAGCGCCGCGACUCGUCUGCGUCUUUGGAUACGGAAAGGGCGGACUCCAGGAUAGCGUCGUCUCCGACCACCCCGUUGUCGAAUACCACCGAUCUUCCCAUCCGGUCUGCGUCCCCAUCCGCUCGAUCCAUCAGGUCAUCUACCCCUCAAAUAGGGAGAACGUCACUCGGGUCACCAUUGGAUGGGCGCGCGGACACUGCUCUAGAUAUUCGGUCUCUAAUUAUCCGGUCUUUUUCACCCGUUGUUGGUGUCUACGCAUCUCCGGACACUGAUGAGCUGGUGCGUCAGAAAGGGUUCAAGGGCGGUUUCUGGGAGCUUAUUCGACCCUUCGGAGAAAAUGUACCAGGUAAACUGGUUGUUCGCGACAGCGUCGGGUCAAGUCGUGGCUGGGAGGAUUACGGAGUUCGGUUUGUCGACUUGGGGGACUUAUGUCGGGCCCCUAAUGACCCAAGUCAGGGAUACAACUCGUCGCUAGCCCAGCUUGAAGCAGUCCUAGAAAAGCAGCUGGAUUCAGCCGACAGUCUGCCAAGCGGACCAUUACAUCCGAAAGAUCUAGCAGGUCUUUCCUCUACUUCACCACUAUAUAAACUAUAUCUACGCCAAUUGUUGUCAAUCGCGUCAGCCUCACCCCAUGAGACAUUUCGCCAUCCUGUCGCAAGUGUGAUUGCUAUCAGUUCCCGCAACCCCGCCCCCCUGGAAUCUCUCCGGCAACUGUAUGCAGAUACAAAUACUGGCCCACAGAAAGUGCCCGACUGGAUACAUCCAGAGUACCUUCGGUACUAUGUACUUGUGCACGACGAGGACCGCGAUGAUAUUUCCGCUUCUACCAAACUUUAUGAUCAGAUGAAGCGUCAUUUCGGCUUACAUUGCCACCUGCUAAGGCUACGCAGCAAUCAGUGUGUCGUCACAGAUGAUGAUAGUGUCCAGGUGCCGGAGUGCGAGUGGUUAUCCCCUUCAGAGCGGCUUUCCGAACGGCCAGAACCACUUGUUGAUCUCGACUCGGAUGGUCUUCUGUAUCUAUUCGACUCUGAUGUAAUGGCAAUCAAAGGGUUUGUUCGAGAACUCGUCGCGCAGUCCAUUGUCCCAUUUAUGGAAAAUAGGGUUGCUGUCUGGAACGAUCAAGUAGCAUCGCGAAGGCGUGGUAUCAGCGGCAGAUUCAUGUCGAUAUCUCGCAAAUGGGCCGGCUUUGGAACGAGCUCUCGUUCAAGCUCAGGCUCUGGCGGAGCAAGCGGAAAUUACAACGUAUCCCAAGGCUUCUAUCAUUAUGAUCACUCGGAAGCAAUCCUGCGGAAGAUGGCAGACUAUGCCUUCAUGCUUCGUGACUGGAAGUUGGCUGCAUCAACAUAUGAGCUCUUGCGUUCAGACUAUGCCAAUGAUAAAGCUUGGAAAUACCAUGCCGGCGCCUACGAAAUGUGCGCAGUCAGCACACUACUAAACCCUCUUGGGGCGGGUUCAAAGAUAAAAGUCGAGAGCAUUGACCAAAUGUUUGACACUGCCUGCUAUUCUUAUUUGACUCGAUGUUCGGACGCCCCUAUCACGUUACGUUGCCUUACACUUGCCGUUGAAUUACUGAAAUCGCGGGGUGGCUCCGCGGCCGAAAGCGCAGCCAAAUGGGCCAUGCGGGCCAUGGACCUUGGCUUGGUGGAGUCUGUCGGCCAGGGCCUCCUAAGCGAAAGAAUCUCCUCAUGCUACGCUUCAAGAGCACCUCCUAAUGGGUUACGAUUCGGCGGCCGCCGUCGCAAGGCUGGUAUGUGGAGUCUUUUCGCUGCGGAUAUGUGGCUCAAGCUUGGAAAGCCAUCACUAGCCUCAGCCUGUCUUGAAGAAGCUGAACGUCUAUACGCAGAUGCUUUGGACAGCGACGGUGUCUUUCCAAUGCCGGAGAUGCAGACCUUUGUUGAUAACCUUCGUCUCUCUGUGAAGGUUGGAUACCUCGAAGCUCGAGGGUUGGAUGUCAAGGAGGAGACAGGCAGUACGAAUCCGCUGGACGAUGAGGAGACCAGCGAGAAGCUAGAUAGACGCAUGAACCGGCGAUCUUUGAUUGGCAACCUUAACCCCUUAGACACUGCGACUCUUGCUCAACUUCAGACUGCGAGAGACGGGGAUAAUGUGCCAAGUGACGAUUUUGAACGAGCAUAA